UUACCCCUGUUCUAAAAGGAGGCAGACACUAGUGCAUACGGUUAGAGCCCAUUGAUUUGAAGGACAAGGAGGAACAGGUGAAAUGUGGAAAGUGCAAAAGGUAGUGAAAAAGGGUAGUGUUUUUGUGGACAUUACUGUAGUAUUUACUACAGAUUUUUUUUGAUAAUACUGUAUUUUCUAUAGUAUUCUACAGUAUACUACAACAUUCUAUGAUGUAGCCGGUGACAUGGAAUAUCAUGAGAGACCUGCUUCUUUUCGCCAAGCCCGCCUCAACCCCUUUGAUCGGGGGGAGGAGGAGGGCGGCAAAUCCCCCUCUCGAGAUGGCUUCAGCUGCAUCUGUCUGCCUCUCCAGCACUUUCUGGCAGCCAGCGACUCAGGAUGUCUUGUCUCUCGCUACCAUGAUGUCAUCUGAGGUGUAUGCAGAGCUGAGACCUGAGCUCUUCUCCUCUAAGAGCAGAAACCAGAGUUUGGACCGAGCCAUGGACCUGGGACUGGCAGAGGACCACUUCUCUCGACCUGUCGGCUCGUUUGUAGCGUCGGACAUUGAGCAGCUGAAGAUGGCCAUAGAGGAGUGUAAGAGAUUAAUCCUGGAGCUGCCUGAGCAUUCAGAGAGACAGAAGGACACUGUGGUCAAACUCAUCCACCUACGCCUCAAACUACAGGAGCUCAAUGACCCUGAAGAGGAUGAGCCAAACCUGAGGGUACUAUUAGAGCAUCGUUUCUCCAAGGAGAAGAGCAAGAGUGUGAAACAGACGUGUGAUAAGUGCAGUACUAUCAUCUGGGGCCUCAUCCAGACCUGGUACACCUGCACAGGAUGUUACUAUCGUUGCCAUAGCAAGUGCUUGAACCUCAUCAACAAGUCCUGUGUGAGGUCAAAGGUCAGCCACCAGUCAGAGUACGAGCUAAGCAUCUGCCCAGAGAUUGGGCUGGACCGGCAGGACUACCGCUGUGCCGAGUGCCGCACGCCUGUGUCACUAAGGGGCGUGCCCAGCGAGGCCAGGCAGUGUGACUACACGGGCCAGUACUACUGCAGCACCUGCCACUGGAAUGACACCGCUGUCAUCCCUGCACGCGUCAUCCACAACUGGGAGUUUGAGCCACGCAAGGUAUGUCGUUCCUCCAUGCGUUACCUGGCCCUGAUGAUACCCCGGCCUGUACUGAAACUGAGGGAGGUCAACCCACUGCUCUUCAACUUUGUGGAGGAACUAGUGGAGAUCAGGAAGCUCCGUCAGGACAUCCUACUGAUGAAGCCCUACUUCAUCACCUGUAAGGAGGCCAUGGAGGCACGGCUGCUACUGCAGCUCCAUGAUCGCCAGCACUUUGUGGAGAACAAUGACAUGUACUCGCUGCAGGAUCUGAUAGACAUCUCCAGUGGCAGACUCAGCUGCUCUCUCACAGAGAUCCACACUACCUUUGCCAAGCACAUCAAACUGGACUGUGACCGGUGCCAAGCCAAAGGCUUUGUUUGUGAGCUGUGUAAGGAAGGAGACAUCCUGUUCCCGUUUGACAGUCACACCUCAGUGUGCCACGACUGCUCUGCUGUCUUCCACAGGGACUGUUUCUAUGACAAUUCCACAACUUGCCCGAAAUGUGCCCGGAUGACCGAACGCAAGCAUGACGAUCCACCGGAUCCGAAAGACAAGUAGCCCUGUCGAUCUAAGCCUGUCACUGUGACUGACAACCUGUGGGAGUGGCCAUGGCACUUUUUCUUAUGUUGAGGACCAUCAAGACAUUUUUAUGACACAAACAUGACUAGCUUUCCCUCUUGCUCUCUCUCUCUCUCUCUCUCUCUCUCUGUUGUUUUGUGGGGAUGUUAAGUUACUUUGUUCCAGUUCAGUGGACUACAGAAGAUGGUAGCAGGAUACUAGAGUUUUAUAUGAUCCGGUAAUGAAGUGUGAUACUCUGAGACUGGCUGCACUGUAUAGCCCACAGUAACGCAUCCCUGAGCACUUAACCAAUGUUGUACAGUUUGUUUGUUACUGUGAGAGAGUACUGUAUGGGCAUCAUGUUGCAGGCAUGAAUUGCAAUGUUGGUCACAUAAUUGUCUUUACCUCUUAACAAUCAAAUAUCUUUAACUACCUUGAAGUAGGUGUUAAAUUCCAAAUUAAUCUUAACAAAUCAAUUUAACAAAACCACCAUUCACCUCCAGGCCUUAACUGACAUCGAUAACGAGACCGGUAUUUUAAUGAGGUUAGGUCAUAGCUCUUCAAGACUUCCUCCCUAUGGGCAUGAGGUAUUUCACCCCACUGUUGUGAAACAAUGCUUUACAUGAUGGACAAUGACACUAAAAUGUAUUUUUUAAUAUUUUAUUUGAACACCACAGAAUGAUCUGCCUGAAACACUUAAGAGAACGUGUGGUUUGUAUGUUAUGUCUUAGGGAACUUUAAUGUAGUACCUUUUUUUUUACAGAAUUAUUGGGCAGCCAUGUAAACAACGUCAAGAGACUAAAGUGAAGGAGAGCUCAUUAUGAUGUGCUGAUGAACUAUAUCUUAAGUUGACACACUGUGUGCUGACAUAUUUGGAACUCCAAUUGAACACUGUGCAUUUACCCAUUGAUCAAGUGAUCUAUUUACAGUAUUUUUGUGAGGGGUUUUGCAGCCCGCAUCAAGGUAUGGCACAUUCUUUUCAGAAAUGAGAAAGCUGAUGAAUUAUACUUCUGGGGACAUGAGCAUGAUGAUGUUGACAAAUUAUUUGUUUUAAAAUAAUGACUAUUUGGUUGUGUUGUGUUUUUCCUCUACAUAAUGAUCUUCAUAACAUGCAAGUGUAAUGUUCCAUGUGUUAGUGAAAACUCAGAUAUUAACAUGAAUUGUAAGAUCAUGUGAAGUUGAGCAUGAAUAAUGUAUUAAUAAAUUCUAUGUUGUGAGGAGUGUUUUAGCUGACAUUGUGGCAGCCUUUGCCAAUGUAGCCCUAUGCUCCAGGCCUGUGGCAGAGGCUAAUGCAUAUGUUACUGUGUACCUUCGCCAUACUGAAUGCUGUUUUGAACAGUGUACCAACAAACUGUAUUUAAAAAGGAUUGAGAGGGAUUGUUUAUAUCUGAUCGUCGUGGAAAA